AUGUCUCGAUACGCAGAGGCUCACGUCUCCCCCCAAGGCCCCGGCGAUGCCCGUCCAACCGCCCUUCAGAUCGUCAAGGACGAGCAAAUGACGGACAAGCUCAAGGGCAAGACCAUUGUCGUCACGGGCGUCUCCUCUGGCCUCGGCGUCGAGACGGUCCGCGCCCUGGCCGCCACAGGCGCCUCCUUCAUCCUGACCGCCCGAGACGUGGAAAAGGCCAAGAGGGCCCUCGGCGACGUCUUGGAGCCGUCCCGCAUGAAGCUCGUCGAGAUGGACCAGGCGUCGCUCGACAGCGUCCGGCAGGCCGCAAAGACGAUCCUCGCCAGCACGGACAAGAUCAGCAUCCUCACCAACAACGCCGGCAUCAUGGCUGUCCCCGACCUGCAGCUCACCAAGGACGGCCACGAGCUGCACUUUGGCGUCAACCACCUCUCGCACUUUCUCCUCUUCCAGCUGCUCAAGCCCGCGCUGCUCGCAGGGAGCACCCCGGAGUUUGCCUCGCGCGUCGUCAACGUCUCGUCCGCCUCGCACCGCCUCGCCGGGCUGCAGGACUCGGACAACUACAGCUUUCAGAAGGGAAACUACAACAAAUGGGUGGCGUACGCCCAGUCGAAGACGGCCAACAUCUAUAUGGCCAACGAGAUUGAGCGCCGCUACGGCUCACGGGGUCUCCACGCCUUGAGUCUCCAUCCCGGCGGCAUCCACACGGGCCUGAUGCGGUACGUUUCUGAGGAGGAGACCAAGGCCAUGAUGGCGCAGAUCGGGCCCGAGAUCCUGCUCAGCAUGAAGAGUCCCGAGCAGGGCGCCGCGACGCAGGUCUGGGCCGCCAUCGGCAGGGAGUGGGAGGGCAAGGGGGGCAAGUACCUGAGCGAUGUUGCCGAGGCCAAGCCGGGGCCUGACGAUCGGGAUAUGGCUGCCCCGACGACGGUGAGCCAUACGUAUAACGAGCAGGAGGAGGCCAGGCUUUGGAGGGACUCGCUCAAGCUUGUUGGGCUGGAGGAUGACGAAUAG